GGCCGAGCGCGGCGCGGAGCCGCAUCCUGCGGAGGGGCGGGAGCAGCCCAGGCCCCGCGUCUUGCAGAGGAGGAGCAGCAAAUCCCCGGAGCACGUUAAAAAGCGAGGCUGAGCGGCAGCCGGGGAAGGAAGAAAACACCUCCAUAGAAGGCAGCGGAGGAGCGGCCACAGCAGCGUCCACAACGCCGCGCAGGGGCCGCGGCUGCCGGAGCCAAACUUUCCGGCGGCGGCUCGGCCGGGCCCGGCGGUGGAUGCGGCUUUCUCGGCCGGGUCGCUGAGCCUGCAGCCCCGCCGCAAGAUGCCCGCCGCGCUGCCCAGCCUGCUGGCCUGGCUGGCGGUGCUGCUGCUCGGCAGGGCCCGCCCGGCCGACGCCUGCAGCUGCUCGCCCAUCCACCCGCAACAGGCCUUCUGCAACGCGGACGUAGUGAUCCGAGCAAAGGCUGUCUCUGCGAAAGAGGUGGAUUCGGGGAAUGAUAUAUAUGGGAAUCCGAUCAAACGAAUCCAGUAUGAAAUCAAGCAGAUCAAGAUGUUUAAGGGCCCUGACAAGGACAUAGAGUUCAUCUACACUGCUCCGUCCACUGCUGUGUGUGGCCGGCUGCUGGACACUGGCGGGAAGAAGGAGUAUCUCAUUGCAGGCAAGUCAGAGGGCAAUGGCAAGAUGCACAUCACGCUCUGCGACUUGGUCUCCACCUGGGACUCACUGAGCCCGACCCAGAAGAAGAGCCUAAACCAGCGGUACCAGAUGGGCUGCGAGUGCAAGAUCUCACGCUGCCUCUCCAUCCCCUGCUUCGUCUCUUCCUCGGAUGAGUGUCUCUGGACAGACUGGGCAAUGGAGAAGAACAAUGUGGAUGGGCGGCAGGCAAAGCACUACGCUUGCAUCAAGAGGAGCGAUGGCUCAUGCGCCUGGUACCGUGGCAUGGCCCCCCCCAAGCAAGAGUUUCUCGACAUCGAGGACCCCUAAGCCAAAUGAGCGCAUUCCAGUAGCCAGUAGAAAAAACCUGCAAGAUGUUAGACUGGUCCACGCUGAUAUCAAUUCCUGGAGACAGCAUGAAAAUCCACUUGGCUGCGGGGCUCCCCAUGCUGUGGUGGCUGCCACACGUGUGCAGAGGGCAGAAAUGGGGACCUGCUCUGUCACAGGCACCCAGCAGCCCGUGGCCAUGCUGGGUGCUCCUGCUCUUGUGGCAGGGCUGAGCAGGGUGUGAGGGGACCCCCCUGCUGGGGCCAUGUCCCUGCCUAGCCACACUCGGCCCCAGCACCCUGGCAGCUGUGAAAGAAUUGAACCCUCGUGAGUGGCGGGAGCUGCCCCAUCUGCGUAGCAGGUCUACCAGUGACCCUGCCACGGGGUAGCCGCCCCAGCAGCUCUUGUCAGGCAGCCCUCCCCACUGCAGCAUCCCUGGCCACCCUCCAGCACUGGGGACCCUGCUGUCCCCCUCCCCACCCACCACCCGUCCCUCCUUUUGGGGGUGCAGUAAGGGUACAGCCUUCCAGGCAGGGGCUCUGGGGGGCUUUACCAUGUGGCAGAGCCCCCAGCUGUGUGCGAGGGGCUAUGGGUCUUUUGCAGGGCUGGAUGGCUUCUGUGCAGGUGCCUUGUCCUAAGAAGCUGGAGGGACAUGUUAGCAUGGCUGGGGUGGCCCCCCUGCAUGCACCUGGGCACUGCAGCCCCUCUCUCCACACGCUCCUCUCCCCAUGGGGACACAGAGGCAAGUGCUGGGGUUCACCAUCUUCCCCAGCAUCACAGAGGGGUCCGUUCCCAUGACAACCUGCUGCAUGGGCAGAGACCUGCUGCUGGACCCUUCUGCUGGACAGCCUUAGACCCACCAGCCCUUGCAGGCAGGCAGGCAGGAGGGCUUGGCAGGGCACCGAGGCAGGAGCUUCAACUGCACGGGUGCAGGGUGUUUGUCAUCACCUCAUACAGCUGUUGGCUGAGCUGCACUGCGGCCUUCGGCACCACUGCAGCAUUGUGGCCGGUUGAGCUCCCUUCUCUGCGGUGGCGAGGACGGAGCCCGGCACCCAGCUGGGUGCAGGCAGCACCGUGGCCGCAGGAAAACCCAUUCCCUCCGGUGAACCCUCCCACACACCUCGGGCCCCGCUUUCUCUGAGCCAUUCCCACAUUGUUGCAGCGGCGCUGGUGCAUGCUACGGAGCUGCCCAGCUGCGAUGCGGGUGGCACUGUCUGGUGUGCCCGCUGGCCCUUACCGCAGUUGCGUGAGCGUGCUGGGAACAAUCCCUGCAGCCCUGCUCUGGGGGCUUUUUCAUGCUGUGCAUCCCUGUAAGGUUUAAGAUGUCGUACUGGACCAGUCUGGGCAAUUUCAACAUAUUAAAGAGAAAAAUUAAAAAGAAAGAAAAAACCCCCCACCCAACCUCUAAUCAAUCCCAUAUACGACUCCCGUUCGCUUACUGUAUGGUUAUAUCAAAUGUGCCAUUUACUCCUGUCUCUGCUGGUAGUCUAUCUUUGAGUUUAAUAUUUCCACUUGUUUUGCCACCGGC